CCCAUAGCUUUGGCUCUUCUCUUGCAACGUGUCCGAUGCAUCUCUCCAUAUAUGGAAAAAUUGCACAACUUGAGGCCUCUUUGUUUGCACAGAAAAAGAAAGGGAGGGCCUGGUUGGCUAUCAGAAAAGUUUACGGUGACUUCUGAAGUUGCGCCAUGCGCUAUUUGUCAGGAACUUUGCAGGAAAAGGAAGCCGGAGCAUUUCCAGGAAGGCUUGGGCCAGAAAGGCCUUUCGAGGAGAGAGAAAAGUGCAUCUCUUUGAGGGAUGGAGCUGGUGGAGGGCAUCCUGAGCGCCUCGAAGGCCGUCUACGCCCAGGCGCAGGAGAUGCGCUGCUGCAAGAGGCAGAAGGAGCGGCUGGUGGGGCGCCUGGAGGUGCUGCUGCGGCCCAUCCGAUCCCUCCAGACAGAGGCCCCGCUCUCGGAGGACCUGCGCUGGAUGCUGGAGAGGAUGCUGUCCCUGCUGAAGGAGGCCCAGGCCCUCCUGGAGAAGUACAAGGCCCAGAAGCGGCUGGAGAGGUUCCUCUGGGCCGGAGGGACCCUGGAGAGGUUUGCGGAUCUGAACCAGCGCCUGGGGGACCUGGGAGAGGGGCUCCUGCUGCAGAUGCAGGCCGAGGAGAAGGCCCGGGACGCCUUCCGGAGGAGCCAAGUCUGCCAGGAAGGGAGCCGGGACCUGGCCGAGGACAAGGUCGCCCUCAAGGAGAUGCUCACAGAGGAGAAAGCGGACCUUCCCAUGGACAUUCGGGUGAUCGAAAAGGAACGUCUCGCCCGCGGAGAGGCCAUCGUCCACACCGAGAAGUACCAGCUGUGCAAAGGGGAAUACUACAAAUCCCCGGUGGCCGUCAAGGUCUUCAAGAACCCCCAGAACCGCAACACACAGAAAGUGAGGAAAAUCUUUGAGGAAGAGAUCCGGACCCUGAAGAAGCUGGACUCCCCGUACAUCCUCCGCAUGUACGGCAUCUGCAUCGACGGGACAGGUCUGAUCCCCGAGUACUCGAUCGUGAUGGAAUAUUGCGAGAAGGGCUCCUUGAGGGAAGUCUUGAAGGAGGAGCCGGACUUGUCCUGGGACGUCCGCACGGAGAUGGCUUCGGACGCGGCCGCCGGAAUCUACAGGUUGCACCAGGCCGGCGACAAAGGACAGCUGCACCGAUGCAUCAACAGCGCCAACUUCCUAGUCGCAAAAGGCUACUGCGUCAAGCUGUCUGGAUUCAAACUGGAGCAAACGGAGUCCUCCAUCAGCGGGAAAGUCAAGGAUAAAACUCCCAAAGAAGUGUCUUCUUCCGCUUACGUCUGCCCCGAGGGUCUGGCCUCGCUGAACCAUACCUACGACCAGGCCAGUGAAAUAUACAGCUUCGGCAUCGUCCUUUGGGAGAUCGCAACCGGCAAGAUCCCAUUCGCAGGCUGCACGUCAGCGGAAAUCUGCAAGAAGGUCCUUGAAUUGAAAUGCCAGGAGCCUUUGGGGGACGAUUGUCCAUCUGACCUGGCCGAGGUCAUCAACCAGUGCCGGGCAUUUGAGCCGUCCAAGCGUCCAUCCGCAGAAGACAUUGUCAACCGGCUCCUGGUCAAGUGAGAAGGAAACAAUGGGGCCUUGAACCUUUGAGAAGGAGAAAGCAUUUAUUUUCUAUCAAUUCCAUAAUAAAAAGUUCUAGUUGUAACUGAAAA